UUUAAUAUCAGCUUGCUUGGUUUAAAGAGAGAGGAAAAGAAUAUACGAAGUACAAUAAUCUAUUUCACCAUUAGUAAUAAUUAAUUAAUAUUUUAACAAUCAUAAUCACAUUUAAAAACUAAAAGGAAGCUCUUGAGCUUUUUCUCUCUCUAGAACCGCCGCCUAGGCCGGUCUAGGGUUUGUCCGGAGACGGCUCUCCGCCGUGUCUCCGAGUCCUUUAUUCGUUGGAUGUCUCUUUGGAUUGUUUGGAAGACGUUGCUUGUUGUCGAAGCCGUUGUCCGGGUUCCUCGGUCCGAGCUAUUGAAUGAAGGGUUUCAAUACGGGUGCAGAUAAGAGUUCUCUCGCUGUAACCCCGCUUCGUCGGCGGAUAUGGAGGUGGAAACGAGUUUCGGAUAUUCGUUUGAGUUUUCUCUUUUUGGCCUGGAAAGCUUUGUGGACAAGUACAAGACGAUGGAGAUUGGCGCAGAGGAAGAAGAACUGGAUCUGAAUAAAGCUGAUGUUGAAAUUGUGGCGGAUGAACGGCGGACGCGUCUCCCUCCUGAGCCGCCGCCAUGGAGUGCAAGAAAAUCCAGGGUUUGGAAGAAGAUGGAUGAAUUCGUUUUUAAUUUCAUUUUACUCGAUUUGUGUUUUUCUGUCGAAUUGUUUGUUGUUUGGUUCUGUUUUGUUCUUUGUUUUUGCUUUCCUCCAGUUGGUAAGACAUUGAUUUUGGAUAUGGGGGAUGAGAGGAAUAUGGUAACCGUUUUUGGCUUUUUGUUUCCCAAUUUUGGAUCAGCGAAUUUUAUUGCUGCGGCGAUUAAUUCCGAGUCUGGUUCAAGGGAUAACGGUUGUCAGAUUUCUUUCUGUCUUUUGACCCAUACUUUAAAAAAUUAUUGGUUAUUAAUAUAAGCCGAAUUCUUCCAAAAAAAAAAAACAAUCAUAAUCACAUUUCCAUCAUUUGAAAUGGAGCCAAAGACUCACUAUUUUUUGGCUUGAAAAUAUCAUGGAAUAAAGCAAAAUGGCUCACUAAACUGCCUGCGCUUCUUUGUUAUGAAGUUGCAGUCAGUCCAUGCAUUUUGGACGCGAUUUUCACUAUGGGUGUGACACCUUAGAAAAAAUAAAAAUAAAAUAAUAAUAAUAAUAAUAAAACAAAUAAAAUUUAUCUGCUAAAAAAAUAAUAGAAAAAUAUAUAUUAAUAAUAAUAGAAAUUAAAUCAUAAAUCAUAUAUCAUUUAUUUGAUAGAUUAAUCAUAUAUAACCCAUUUGAUAAAACUAAAGUUUUAAAGAUGAUAAAAUAAACUAGGUACUUUGCCUACACUACAUACAUGUAACGUAGAAACAAUAAUAAUAAUGUUAAUAAAGUACAUCAUUAUUAAGGAGUGAAACUUUAGAGAGUACAUUUUAUGGCGGCAUAUACUCCUUAUAAUCCAUACAUGUAUAUCUACAUAGUACAUACAUACACAUACUAAUAUUCCACAUUUAGCAUGCAUGAUCAUAUACCAUUACUUGGAAGGUAACGGACCAGGAGUUAAGUCCACAUAAUAACCAUUAUUAAGAUCAUUAUAAUGCUAAUAAAUAAUAACCCAACGGACUGCCGAGCAUGGAACGGUCAUGAGACUGCAUAUAUAUGUACGCACCCUUCGUGGCUUCCACAUGACCGACCACAUGCGAACGAGUGAGCAAAAGAACUAACAAAAAAAAAGAGAGAUGAAAGUGAGAGAGAGAUUAGAGAGGAAGAGAGGGCGUCGUCUUCCGAGAAGAAAUACGCCGAUUAUCACGUCGGGAUUGCCAGGCCGUUUUCUCACCGGAGAAGAGGAAAUGCCGGACUGUUUUACGACGGGGCUAAAUCAUCGCUGCCGGACCGAGUUGCUGCCGCCAAACGUUGCCGUCGUGACGCCAUUUCUAUAGGGAGGAAGACCGCCUGGACUGGUGAAGCUCGCCGUUGGUUAUCCUUGUUCGUCGAUCGUCGGUGGUUCUGACUCCGAGGGGGAAGCAACAUAACUGUACGUAGCUUCUAACUCUGUAUUAUGUUUUAGUUAUUUUUGGGCUGGGUCCUUUAUUUAAAAAUAGUUGGGCCGGCCAAUAAUAAUAAUAAUAAUAAUAAUAAUAAUAAUAAUAAUAAUAAUAAUAAAAAUAAUAAUGAUGAUAAAAAUACUACUACUAAUAGUAACGAUAAUAAGAAUCAUUGCAAUAAAAGUGGAUUAUGUUAAUAUUGGACUACUACUUAUCUAUAUUGAUCACUUCUAAAUUGUCACUUUUAAUUAGUUGUCAUCUUUCUAAUGAAAUAAGUGUUUACUAUAGGCCUGUUGUUAAAACUGAACGUUAUAGAUGGAGAAAAAUAAUGAAAUAGGCUAGCGAUGUAAUUAAAUAAACUACAAUUUUGGACGAAGGUGGAUAAUUAAAGGUGAACCGUUCGUGAACAAUUAGACCAUUACUAAUAUUAUAUAACAAAAAAAGGGUUAAAUAGACGGAUCAUGUGGAACCGAAUAAAUAAAUUAUAAGUAAAUCAAUAUUUAAAAUGCACUAAUUAAGUGUGAAGCUAAAUUAUGGACUGCUAUACAGAUUAAUUAUUAGUAAAGAAAUGAAGCCUUAGUAGUAGGAAUUUAUAACGGAAUUUAAUUAUAAGUUGGGUAGAUAAUUGAUUUGUAAAUUUUUAAUAGAAGGUGACUUGAGUGAGGAGCAAAGUAGGAGACCUAACUAAAAGUAUUUGGAGUUCGAGGAGGCGAUCAUGUUGAUUUUGAUGCUGGAAUGUUUGAGAGCGCGAAUUAGAAGACCUUAUUGUAGUUCACUAGAAUAAACUUUAAUAUUUGCUUAUGAUUCGAACAUCUUGAUUUUUAUUUAAACUCAUGUUUUGGCAGAUAGCCUUAGCAUCCAAUCAUUCACGGAUUGGAUGUGGCGGUGACAUACCCCUUUUCCAAUAUUUUACUUAUUUCCGCUG